GAAGUGCGCCGUCCGUAGAAGAAGACUACAGGCGCUUUUUAUUUGUUAUGGCUAACUGGCUUAUUUAUGUAUACUCUUGCUCAACGCCGUCAAGUUGGAAAAAUUACGAAUGAUAGGUGAAACGUCAAUCAGUCAUUAGCUGCCGGUUUGUUGCAAGGAUAUUCCAGAGUGCGACGAUAUUUGGACCGUCCUGUGAAAGUAAGGCAGCGUUGUCUUAUAUGAACUGGGCAGUUGAGGCUAACUCGCGUUAGCAUGGCAGACUAGCAGCAGAGAAAAUCAGGCGCGCCAAAUCAAAGCGGUAAGGUGCUCUAUUGGGAUCAACACCCAUGCCUACUAUAAUCAUGGAGAGUGGAAAACAAAACCUGCAAAAUGUCCUGGAGGAUGACUUGGGCAGCAAGCUGAUUAAUGCUGACCGGUUCUGUUACAGCUGUGAGCAAAUAUUUGCAAAUCGGCAGUGCCUCGAGGAACACGUCUGUUCUUGUGUAAGUUACAUCUGCUCCUGUGGGACUGAGUUUGCUGACUACAAAGACAUGCAAAAGCACAGCACCACUCAUAAACCUGGACACCAAGUGCUUACUCACCGAAAAAUAAAGCAACAUAGAAUUCAGAAGUGCGUUGAAGAGGAGCAGAAGCUACAAAGGUUACAGAUAGGAGACACCUGGAAAACGCAGAAGGUGAACUGCAUUCCACCAGUUUCUUUGCAAGCGAUGCCUGCUCUUCAAAAAUCAUCGUAUACCCCGCAAUUUCCAAUACAGUCUGCACUAAUGUCACAAGUGCCUGCGUUGCUGCCCUCUGCAUCACAAGCAUCUCUCCUAAAAAGGCCUAUCACAUCUGGAGCAGACAUAAUGAAUAUUUUUGGAGAUGCUGGUUCACCAACAGUGGAUCUCUGCGUGCUUUAUCAGCCAAUUGUGUUAGUGAGAAAACUGUGUAAGCUCAAUAAGAAAGAAACAUACUCUUGUGGUAAAUGUGGUCAGUGUUUUGCGACGAGGCCCUCGCUAGUCUCCCAUUUCAGUGCGCAUGUCACCGAUAAGAUUUCUGGCUGUGUAGGAUGUGGUCUGCUGCUCUCCAGCAAAAAAGUUGUACCCCGCUUUCAUGUUUGUAAUUCACCCAAAUAUGGUGCCAAAUUCAGACUCAUAACUGCAAAACCGCUGAGUGGCAGCAAGGGUAACAUUGAAGCCAUUUCAUAUAGGAUGCCCAACCAGAGAGCUCACAUGGUUCAGAACGACGGUGCUCAGAGGAUUCAGGCCACUUGCUCUCUACAACAGAAAAGCCAAAAUCCCACCAUGGCUGACAAAAGUAUUCAGAGAACUUCCACCCUAAAAUUGAAAAAUGAGAUUGUCAGAACACAUAGUAAAAGCAAUCACAUGCCUUAUGUCACUCCAACUUUGCAGUCAAAGAUUCAAAAUUUCUGUGCAACCAAGCAUAGUGUCUCAGUUUCUUCAAAAAUGCACAGUCCAAUUCCUAGUCCAUAUAAUAAAAGUGCCCAGGGGCUUCCUGUUUUCUCUUCUGGACCAUUAAAGACACCCACACACUCUGUUUUAACCCAACUUAUCCAGACAUCCCCUGAACAUAGUGAAUUCAAAUGUCGUGUCUGUCAUCUUUCUUUUGUAAGUGCUCACGUGCUUCAGAGGCACAAGUGUGCAAAGGCACUGGAGUUCAUGGCACAACAUGGACGAGGUGGCAGGAAGCAUGCAUUAAACAGUGUGACGCCUGUGGUAAGGGCAAUUCCUGCUCAGAUGAAUGUUGAGAGAACGCAUGAAAAAUCAGCUUUGGGAAAUGUAAAGAAACAUCAAAUUGUGACUGUUACUUUGGAUCAAGAGGAUCUGGAUGAUGAUUGUUACAUUGUUGAAAGUGGAACAGAUAAACCCGCUGAGAUGAUUUACAAAGUAACCUCCUCUGUUCCUAUCAAAACGUGACAAAGCUGUUAAUUGCAUGCAUGAUCAGUGAAAAUUGCUUGACUUGGCUUGUUUAGGUUUAUUCUCAGGAACAUAAUGCUCUGUGCUAAUUAUAAAGUCAUGCAAGUGUUAAACAAACAUACAUUUUAUUUUAUUAAAUGUUUUUUUUUUCUUUUGUCAGUGCACUUUGCAGUCCAGUCUUUUCUAUCCACACAAAGUUUUAAGAUAAUUGCCCUGCAGCUGUUAUCAAAGGUUUCGCUGAAUAAUGUAUGUGUGUGACGCCCGUGUUUAAUGCAGGAACCACUUAUUGUAUUGUAGGAUGUUGCUUUUUAAAUGGUUUUAGUACAAUCAGAAUCUGAGGAUUGAGAACUGACUUCCAGUGUAUUGUGUCUUAAACAGCUUUAUGAGAGUAUAUGUUGUAUUAAACAAUAUUUUCAAACACUUGUGUGAAUAAAUGAAUGAAUGCAGCAACUAU